AUGGCCAACGCUGAGCGGAAGCCAAACGGCUUGGUUGCCUUUUUCGCAUCUGAUUACAACACCUUUAUUGCACUUAUUGUUACUACUCCGGUGUGCACGGCGCUGCUAUGUCUCUCUCUUAACGAUACCCUCUUUUCGGGGUCGUUCCUCGACUUCGUGACGGUGAACCGCCCGUCUGUUCAGUUUGCGGUCCAGAUUCUCGCCAAUAUGCUAUCCGUCCUUCAAGUUAUCGUCAUCUGCCGGAUCAUCAACCUCAGCGUUCGGAGACGACUCAAGACGCAUAGCAUGAGUCUUGAUCAGCUGCGAGCAUGGAAGGACGCCAUGAUUCCGCGCAUCAAUUGGGAUCUGCCUAUCGGCUACAUCGCACUACUUGGUCUCUUUGUGUCCGUCUCAAUGGUCUUCAGUGCCAUCUGGGCUGCUGCAAUGACACCAGUCGAGACCGACGAGAGUAUCAGCGGCAGCAUCCAGAUUCCCAGUUGGAGCAACAUGACCUUUGUAAAAGAAUACCCGUCACAAGUUGGAUCUGCAGGACCGACCAAGCAUACAGCUCUUGGAAAGUUCUCCUACUCUGUGGGAAUGCAGCUGCUGGGCAGUCUGCUCGCCGGUGCAGCAACUGCUUCUCCAAUCCACAACUCUUCUCGCAUCCACGAAAAGCUCGAUAGCACCGGUUACACCUACAUCGGACGAUCCUACGGGAUUGGCUCCUCUGUAGGCCUGGGCAAGGUCAACUUCAAAGAAGGGCGCGACCUGCUCGGGUGGAAGUAUCAAGAGUUGGGCUACGCUGCCAAAGUCAACUGCAUCUACAACAAAUCGGCAGACUUUGUGCUCAACUCAAAAGCCAACCUCCUCUUUGCGGCGGAAGGGGAAAUGCCGGAUAGCGACGACGGCCCGGAGUACUCCAACUACAUCGGCUAUGGAGAUGGCAACAACGUCCUGGCCAUCGGCGUCGCGCACUUUAAAGACCACAAUGCCACGGUUGCGCCUUUGAGGAGGUACAUCUCCUUUGCUGGCGGAUUCUGGUACAAGUUCCUCGACCAGGCGCAGUGCGAGGUUGACUUUGAACCGACGAGGUUCAACGUGACGGUCAACAACCUGGGCAAGAACAUCACCGUCGAGCGGACCAACGACACUGAUGUUCCUGACAUUGACCCAUCUCGCUGGCUCAAAGGAGUCUUACUACGGCAGUUUGAACUAAUUGCCAACGACGAAACGAACCUAUACGUUUCUACCGUUGGUUCGGCGUUCAACAAUUCGAUUACAGGCCAUCUCCUAAGUCUUGAGAUGAACGGCACCAAGUCAGUAUCAGACGACGAAAUUAACCUCCGGGGCAUCGAAAACGCAAUCAUAUCCAUGGUGGAUGACAUGCUGGCUGCCUACGCUUCCGCCCAGCUCAUGGUUGGAAACUUCAAAGACGACGUGAAAGGAACAGUCCGCGUCACCGCAGUCGCCAUCGGAGAAAAGAGAUUCACGAUCGCGGCCUUUGCCCUGAACAUGGUUGUUGCCUGCUUGUUUCUCCUGGAAGCUCUCCGAACAAGAGGCUGGAAGGAUCUCCCCGAGUUUGAUCCUUCAGACAUCCGCCACGUCAUGAUUGCCGCGUCAGAGGGUGGUGGAACUCUUGGAAGAGUCGGCUUCACUACGGAUAGUGAGAAGCUUGGAAAAAUCCAUGUAAGGUAUGGGGAGACUGGAACUGGGAGAUAUGCGCUCGCGGUGGAGGGGUUGACGUCGCCCACGGUCAAGUAUGAGAACAUGAGUUCACACUGUCGAAGGCGGAAUGAUAUAGGGAAAAGCGAUUGA